AUGAAUGGGUUCGUGCCGGAGAAAUUCCUCUGUUGGAAAUGGAAACCUCGUUCUGCGGCGGAGAAGGAAAGAGCGGCGAGGUUUCAGCGGGAAAACUUGGGGUUGGACGAUCCGAAGAGGUUGGGUGGGAAACACAGGAGGACAAGUGUGGCCGCUAUCGAUGGGGGGAAGCGCAAACGGCGACCAUCCGUCGUUCAAUCGACUACGCCUCUGGUCGCAGCGCCCCCGCCGGCGGCGAAGGAGGAGCACGUCGAGGUUGAGGAGCCUUGGACGCAGGCGUACGUCCAUAUCAACGAGGACAUCAUCACCAAAGACGAGACCCGUGCCAAGCUACGACGACAAGCCCACCACUGGAGGGGUGUAACCGCCGUUGCCGACUCCUCUUCACCACCGCCAACAACCAUCAAGGAGCUUCCGCCGUUGUCGAUCCAGAAUCCCUUUCUGGCUCUCAACUCGAAUCCUCACGUCCUACCACCGACCUAUGGACUACAUACGACCGCCCCAAUCCCCUCCAAGAGCCUCAUAACCUCCUACGAAUCGUCGAUUGCCCCCUCAGCCCAGUACUUAUCCGACCCACCGAAUGCCUACGCUCACCUAGGGAUGCCGAAGCCAUUCGUGCACCUUAUCGGACCACCUCUCGACGUGGCAUUAGAUUCUCGUCUCGCAGGGAACGACGGGCGAUUCGUGAGGAGUGGAUGUCGUCCUAACGCGGUCCUGCGCCCGCUGCUGUGCGAGAGGGACAAGAAUAAGCCGACACCGGCUUUGAAUACCCCACGACCGUUCGACUCACCAGCAGACCGAGAACAGGACGAAACGACCCUCGGAUUCGGCGUCUUUGCCCUGUGCGACCUCAAGGCAGACGAGGAUAUCGUGUUGGGUUGGGAAUGGGACGAUGGCAAUGCUGUUCAUAGCCUACCUGCGUUAUUGGAGGCGCCUCCUGCUUUUCCUCCUCGUUCGCCUCCUACGACCAUCAACCCCUCUGCCCACGACUGCGACGACCACAAAACCGAAUAUAGCCCAAACGAAAUCGCCCACCUCCGCAACCAGAUGUCGAACAUCCUCCACGCCCUCUCCUCGACGUUUACGACCUGUGCAUGCGGAGCACGAGCACGCGAUUGUGCCCUGACGCAAAUGGCUGCUUUCGUCGACGGUCAAUCGCAAUUGCUAACACCUCGGAAUCAUCACGGAGCGGCCAGCGACGAUGAGCGGGAAAAGGACAUCGACCUGGGUCCUCUUGUGGGCCGAAAACGCGGUUUCAAGACGCGAGAGCGGAUACCCUUCAGCGGAGGAAUGGGCGGGAUGGAGAUGGUGCCGCCGGAGCAGGACAAUGAGGAUCGAGGGCGGAAGAAGGUGACGCUGAACGGGUACCACGUCAACGCCAGUGCAGGCCCUAGUAGUCUCAAACCAGCGUUCUCGAUGGACAGAGACCAUCGCAAGGAUCUGCCGCCGCCUUUGCCCAGCUUUGCAUUGUCGCCGUCCUCACCUAGUCCGUCGAGGAGGAAGGGCAAGGCGAAGGCGGUCGAUAUUGAUGGUGAUGUCGAGAUGACGGAUGGACAGUCUCAGAGGAAGAAGAAUGGCUCGGUCGAUGGGCAAGCCCAGCGAUCGGGCACCUCCAACCCGGUAUUUCGUCUGCUCCAUCCAGAAGAUCAGCCUGCAAAGACCCAAACACAUCAUUCCUCUGAACUGCGACCACCAGACCCAGGACUACAACCCUCGAACGACUCAAAUGAUGGGCGGUCAACAUCUCUCGCGCCUGAUUUCGACGUGGAGCCACCUCCAGCAACGGGAGAUCGCAUGCCGCCCAAGAUGCGGAAGAAAUGGAUGCACCGGGAGGUCGAAGCGAUGAAGGGGAUGGGGUCGCCUGAUGAACACAAACUUAUGCCGCCGCCACCUAUGCCCGCUUCUUUGGACCCAACGACGAUCUCCUCCACGGACGUUGCGGGUGUUCCGAGCCCACAACCUCCCCAAUUUUCCCCAUCGCCACUCACAACGUUCGCCAAUCUCUCGUUACUCAGCCCCGCACUCCUCAACCAAGUUCAGCAGCAGCAACAAGGUGGUGGCUCGCCCUCUUUUCCAUUUCCGCCUCUAUCGAGGAAGGUCGAGGAGGGCGACAAGGAGAAGAUCUUCAAGCCGAAGAUCUGGGGUCCGCUGAAGGCUGGUUUGCCCACGUCGUCGUCGGCACCUUCUCUCCAGGCAUCUUCGCCGCUUUCCUCUUCUUUUAAGGCAUCAUCUUCUGCGAAGGACGUCGUGCGUCAGCCUUCGCCGUCGACUUUGGCGCAGACGCCACAGCAUGAAGAGGAGGAUGUGAAGAUGGUUGAUGGAACGUCUCCACAUAGUCCGACGUUCUCGAAGGUACCUCUCAGACCAAAAUCACCCUCUCAAGACCCGGAUUCCGUGGCAUCAACUCCGCACUCGCGGAAUGACGAGCCUCUACCACUCGUGGGCGACCUUGUAGCUGAGGAAUCGAAGGUAUUAGGACGGAAGGAGGACGAAGAUUCUCAUAUGGCUGGUGUAGACGAACACGAGGUGAAGACAGUCGAAGAGCCUACUUCAAUACCCACAUCGACCCCUCCACAGACAACCCUCUGGGCUCUGUCUGUGAUGUCAUUCUUUUCUUUCCAACUGAACGUCGGGGCUCAACCGGCCACUGGAGACUCUCUUGGCUACUAUAUGGCAUGGCCUGAAACUCAAGCAGUUAUGCUUCACACCGUGCCAGCAAAGAAGACAACGUGCGCUUCAAGUACCACCACCUAUAAUCGUGCCACGACAUCGACCACUACCGCACCUCCAGCGCCCGUCAAACCUUCGCCAUCCAUCGCAUCACUUCCUCUCCCUCAAACCUCAGGAAUGCUUCCAACACCUCUCCCGACUGUAUACCACCCCGUUGCCCCAGCGGCGGUCCUUACAACGCAGCCACAAUCACUUAUCACCUUCACCCGCACCGCAGGCCUUCUUCCUGCCCACCAUUCCCUAGCACCUCUACCUCCUGCGCUCCCCACACCCCCAGUACCAUGUUACUACCUCGCUUUUAUUGAUUUGUAUCCGUAG